CUCCGUCCUCUACUCUCCUCUCCUCUCUCCCUGAUCAUGCUUUUCUUCUUUCCUUCCCCUCGUCCUCUUCCUCCUAUAAUCUCACCAACUUCUGUUCCUCUCUGUCUCUGCGAUUCUUGUGCUGGUUCAUAUGAUGAAAGCUCGCCUUGCUGGUCGAUGCAGUUGAAUCAUCUCUAAAGCCUGGUUUGGACUCUUCUGCUUGUACCGUCUUCAGACCCACCACCCUUCUCCAUCUAUCUUUCUUCUUCCUGUGAAGCACUAUCUCUUCCCUUUCUCUUUGUACUCUUCUCCUUGUAACACUCGCCUCCAAAGCACUCGCUCUCACUCUGACACACAACCCACCAAUCAUUCCCGUGCUCUCCGAAAAGCGCUUUUCGUACCCCUUUCUCUUUGGCCUGAGAUUGCGAAAAUGGCGCGGCUCGCCGUCUCCGUUGUCCUAGCGAUCCUCGUGGUCGCGCCCAUUAUUCUGGAGGGGGUGGCAGGAUCGAUUGUGACGUGCUCGGGGAUAGUGCCGGCGAGGUACCGGAAUGACAAGGUAUCGAUAACGGACUUCGGAGCAGUCGGGGAUGGGCGGACGGUGAACACCAAGGCGUUCAGGGAGGCGGUAUACCAGAUCCAGCACCUACGGCGGAGGGGCGGCACCCUCCUCUAUGUCCCUCCCGGUGUGUACCUCACCGGCAGCUUCAGCCUCACCAGCCACAUGACCCUUUACCUGGCCCGGGGGGCCGUCAUCAAGGCCACCCAGGAUACUUGGAAUUGGCCUCUGAUCGCGCCCUUACCUUCUUACGGAAGAGGGAGGGAACGUCCUGGGAGGAGGUAUAUGAGUCUCAUCCAAGGACAUGGCCUUCAAGAUGUGGUAAUCACGGGUGAGAACGGGACGAUCGAUGGUCAAGGAGAGGUAUGGUGGAACAUGUGGAGGCAGGGCACUCUCCGCUAUACUCGACCGCAUCUUGUUGAAUUUAUGAACUCCAGAAGCAUCAUGAUCUCCAAUGUGGCUUUCAAGAAUUCCCCCUUUUGGAACAUUCACCCAGUUUAUUGCAGCAACGUUGUCAUCAGAUAUGUAACCAUAUUGGCCCCUUACGACUCUCCCAAUACUGAUGGAAUCGAUCCAGAUUCCAGUUCCAAUGUCUGCAUAGAGGAUUCACAUAUCUCCGUCGGAGAUGAUCUCAUUUCAGUGAAAAGCGGAUGGGAUGAAUACGGAAUACAUUACGGCCGUCCUAGCUCGGGGAUCACGAUACGGCGAAUAACCGGGUCAUCCCCUUUUUCUGGAAUUUCAGUGGGAAGCGAGAUGUCCGGCGGGGUGGAGAAUGUCUUGAUUGAGAACAUAAACCUGCGCAACAUGGGCAUAGGAAUCCACAUCAAAACAAACAUUGGAAGGGGAGGGUUUAUAAGGGACAUAACCGUGUCCAAUGUGUACAUGGAGAAUGUGCGUAAAGGCAUACGCAUCAUGGGAAACGUCGGCGACCACCCAGAUCAUCGCUACAACCGCAAUGCUCUCCCUUAUGUCAAGGGUAUCAGAAUCAAGGACGUCUGGGGCGUGAAGGUCCAAGAGGCAGGCUUAAUACAGGGCUUGAAGAAUUCGCCCUUCACGGGCAUCUGUCUCUCCAAUAUCUAUCUACACGGCGUGCUGGGACAGAGCAGAGCAGCUUGGACUUGCUCCGACGUGAGCGGAGCUGCUCUCGAGGUAAGCCCUUGGGUGUGCUCGGAGCUCGCCAGCACCUAUCAGAGCAGUACUUGCUCUAACUCUUUCAGAGUCUGAACUUAAGCCAUGAACUUACCCAUCUAGUGGAAAUCCGGUCAGCUAACUCCAUAGACGACCGCAAUAUUUCUCUG